AUGGACAGUCCGCCCGUUUCGCAGUGCUUCCACGCCGGGAAACCCAGAAAACGCGAGCAGCCAGGGAGCAACGCCCGCUGCGCCAGCACGAUGGAUCUCACGCUUUGUGUAUCGGGCAAUGCUCCACGACCUGCACGAUUUUGCGCAGCGGCCUGCGUAGAGAAACCACGCGGUUCGGCUUUUCUCGCGGCUAACACGUACCGCGGGAUGGUCAGAACGAAGGCAUUUCCUGCCUUUCUCCUCCUAGGUUCCGCUGUGGUUCUUUUCGCUGCCUUCUGCUUCCCCAGCGGCGCUCAGGCUGCCGUCUCGGAGCGAUUCCUCCGAGGCAACAGCCGGGACAAGAAACCGGACGGUCAGGUGGAAUUUGCAGCGGAGCAAGUCUCAGCAGCCGGGGAUUCGCGGGUCUCUCUUCUGGACGCUUCGCUCAAAUCCUCUGUUUCUCCCCAGUCGGCUCUUCCCGCUCUCCAGCAUUCACCUGCAGCCGGCCCCUCUCAGCCUGUCUCUCCGCCGCCACCCCCGGUCUUCGACGCAGCAACGUCGUCCUCGGCGGGAGUUAGGGCAAGUUCCCCCGAUUAUUUCCUCCCCCAAACUUCGUCUGCUGUUCUUCCCCCCUCAGCCAUUCUUCCCCCCUCAGCCACCGCAGAGGUUCAGUCUUCCGCCACCGCUGGAAAGUCCAGGCGCGAAGACCAGUCCGAAACCACACAAAUCCAGGCCUCGGCCGCCGGCGUCUCUGCUGAAGCCGAGGGCGUCUCUGCCCUACGCCCAGAGACACCAGAAUUGCUCAGAGGCUCCUCCACUCCCGACGCGGCAAUCUCGCCGUCUCCGGCAGCUUCGUCUGGACCUCAUCCCUCGCUUCCGCAUGCCUCGUCGGCGCUCUCCACGGCAGACUUGGAGUUCCUGGAAGCAACUGCCUCGAAUAAAGGCCGAACGCCGCCGGUGGUGACGUCGCGCAGACCGUUCUAUCCGUCGCUUCUCCCCGGAGCAAACAUCGCGAGUGUGGCACUCGAGAAAGGCCUCAGCUUUCCGAGCCCAGAGCGAAAGAGAGGGAGUUCUCUCCCGGAGGACCAUUUCGUUCACGCAGGUCCGCUGCCGAAGCUCGUGAGCGUUGAGGAGACGAGACGCGCGGAACGUUUGCUGAAGUUUCAAGAAGACGAAAGGGCCAGGAAAGGCCUCGAGACGCUCCAAGCGCUUCUCGCACAGCCUGUGCAGACGCAGACUGUGCCGCUGCUUCCACUCAAAGUUCUGAACGUGAAGGAGGAGGCAGUUACCUUGGAACCCUGUGAAUGCUCAGACUGCGCGGACGAGGCGAAAACGAAGAGAAAGGACGGCGAGCUCGGUCCGCCCUGCGAGUGCAAGGACUGCCGGCGGAAGGCGGAGGAGGAGGCGAGACGGAGAGCGGCAGAGAAGGCAGCGGAGGAAGAGGCGAACGGAACACCCGAGGAGACAGUUGAGGGGACAGCCGACAACACAGAGGCGAACGAGACUACCACUUCUACGCCUUCAACGCCUUUGAGUGCAGACGCACAGUUGCUUCUCAAGGGCGCAGAACUCAGGACGGCGGACGCGCGACUCGCUUGCCCGGUCGACGUCACACGCUUCGGCAUCUUGCUGGGUGCCGCAUCCCUCUUGGUUCCGUUGUUCUGAUC